GGGAAACGUGCCCAAUUCGGAAAGAAGGACAAAAGCUUCACGCUUUCUCUCUCUCUCUCUCUCUAUAUAUCAUCGUGGUCCGUCUGUUUCUGUUGAUGGUACAGAGUCGUCGUAGCGAUUUCAAUUCGAAAAAAGAAACCAGAGAAUAUCCAUACGAACAAUCCUCUCACCAAACCCCAUCUUCAAAGUUCUCACCUUUUUCUCUUGAUCGUCGCGAGAUUCAUCAUCAUCCUUACCCAAUUGGGAAACUUCUUGUCUUUUUUAUACUCAUCACCCCAUCAUCCUUAUUACAACCCGGUUUACCCGAUCUAAAACCUGUGAUCGAUUGAAACUCUACGGCUUCCGAGUUUUUGCAUCAAAUUGAAUGGCCGGUUACGCGAGUUAUCUACGAUUGGCACGACUUGGAACCGGUUCGGCUGUAAAUUUAUCGACUCUCAGAUCAAUCGGUUCACCGAACCCGACAUUUGACCGGACUCUCUUCGAUCACCACGACAUUCUUCGUUCAUCAUCAUCAUCAUCUCCUCUGUACAUGUACAGACAAUCAAACUCCAGAUUCAUAUCUCAACUUGUCAAAACCAAUGGCAAACGUUUGUAUCUCGUCGACACACUCGCUUUGGUAAGGAGCUUAGAAGCACAAGGGUUGCCUUCAAAGCAAGCAGAGGCUAUCACAGGUGCUAUAACUGAGGUUCUGAAUGAUAGCUUAGGAGUUGUUUCUCAGUUGGUUGUUUCCAAGGGUGAGAUGCAGAAAGCUGAAAUGACACAGGAAUCAAACUUAUCCAAGUUCAAAAGUGAAAUUAACAGUUCUCUGGACCACCAUUUCUCUUUGCUGCAACACGAGAAUGAGAAACUCCGCAAUGACAUUGAACGUAUCCGCACUGAUAUAAGGCACGAGAUCGACAAAGUCACUGCAGGACAACGAUUGGACCUGAAUCUUGAAAAAGGGAGGAUAAGAGAUGAGCUAACGAAUCAAAACGCCGAAACCUCUAACCUUACAAACAAACUUGACCGUGAGAUUCACACUUUGAGAGCUCAGUUGGAAGCGGCCAAGUACGAGGUGAUCAAGUAUUGUAUCGGUACACUUGUCUCCAUCUCAGCCGUUGGUCUAGCUGUCCUCCGGAUCGUCAUGUGAUGUGACUCUCCAUCGUUGACCAACACCAUCAUCUUUGCUGUUUUUAACUAUUUCGGAUGAUUAUCUUGGUCUGCUCUCUACAUCUUGUGAAUUAUUCGUAUGUUGUAGUAUAUUAUAUAUGACGAAAGAAAGAAAGAAAGAAAAGAAUAACUAAUUUAUGAGAUUUGCGAUCAACGUUUAUGAUGAUGUUCUUCCACCUGUAUGAAGAAUAGUUUGGUUGUAUGCAUACAUUAUUAUUGGAUGUGGAAAGUUGUUCUUGUGAUGACGAA